AUAUCAAUCAUAAGCCCUACGAAAGAUCGUAUCUGCCUCAAGUGCUCUCUGUCUCGAUCUCUCAGCAAUGGAAGCUGAACCCCUCGAUAAAUCUUCACUGACCAUUCCUCUUAUCAUUGAUGCGCAGCAAUACGAUGAGCCCGGAAGCAAUAUUAAGGUAGUUGAAGAAGAAUUAGAGUCCAACAACUCUCAUCCUUACAGUAAAGCCACAACAUCUACCCUCAAGACCUGUUUCAAUGGACUCAAUGCUCUCUCAGGAGUUGGGAUAUUAUCAGUUCCUUAUGCACUGGCAACUGGGGGUUGGUCAAGUUUAGCACUUCUGUUUUUGAUUGCUGGUUCAGCCUUUUACACAGGCUUGUUAAUAAAGAGAUGUAUGGAUAUGGAUUCUAGCAUAAGAACUUAUCCUGAUAUAGGCGACCGCGCAUUUGGGAAAAAGGGAAAACUGUUGAUGUCAGUUUUCAUGAACUUAGAACUUUACUUAGUUGCAACAGGUUUCCUGAUUUUGGAAGGAGAUAACUUACACAACAUGUUUCCAGACAUGGGAUUUGAAGUGGAUGGUUUUAAAAUUGGUGGGAAAGAAUGCUUCAUAGUGAUUGUCGCCCUCAUUGUCCUGCCAACUGUUUGGUUAGACAACUUGAGCCUUCUUUCUUAUGUAUCUGCUAGUGGGGUUUUGGCUUCUGCUAUCAUUCUGGGAUCAAUUUUGUGGACCGGUGCUUUUGAUGGAGUUGGAUUUCAUGAGAAGGGGUCACCAGUUAAGUGGAGAGGGAUCCCUACUGCAAUCAGCUUAUACGCCUUUUGUUACUGUGCUCAUCCUGUGUUUCCUACCCUGUACACUUCUAUGAGAAACAAAAAACAGUUCUCCAAUGUUCUCCUCAUCUGCUUUAUAUUAUGCACCAUCUGUUAUGCAUCAAUGGCAGUUUUUGGGUACUUAAUGUUCGGGUCAGGGGUUCAGUCACAGAUAACUCUAAACCUCCCAACUAACAAGAUAAGCUCACAGGUCGCAAUAUACACCACCCUGGUCAAUCCGAUAUCCAAAUUUGCUUUGAUGGUUACACCCAUAAUGGCUGCUGCAAAAAGAUGGUUUCCUCGUUACCAGAAUAAAAGAUUCUUUAACAUAUUCCUGAGUACAACCCUGGUAAUCAGCUGUGUCAUUGUAGCUUUGGCUGUACCUUUUUUCGCAUAUCUCAUGGCACUUGUUGGAGCAUUUUUGAGCGUCACAGCUUCAAUUAUAAUGCCGUGCUCUUGCUACCUAAAGAUUUCUGGCAGUUACCGAAAAAUCGGAUGUGAGAUGUUGAUCAUAUGGGGUAUAAUACUACUAGGUGUGGGAGUCGUCAUAUUUGGUACUUACACAUCUCUGGUAGAUAUAAUAGGGCAUCUGUAGGAUGCUCCCCUUGUCUUUGUAACUAUAGUAAUUUU